CUGCCGGAAGUACUUGGGAAGGUGUUCCUGGUGACGAUUUGUUGGCGUUUGGUUUCAUCGAGUGUUUUGGCCAGCUGCAAAUUUCAACAACUAUUUUGCUUUCAAUCGUUAUCUCCAUCACAAGCCAUGUCUCACACCAUUCUGCUCGUCCAGCCAACAAAGAGACCUGAGGGGAGGACAUAUGCAGACUAUGAGUCCGUAAAUGAAUGCAUGGAGGGUGUGUGUAAGAUGUACGAGGAACAUUUGAAAAGGAUGAACCCCAACAGUCCGUCCAUCACCUAUGACAUCAGCCAGCUCUUUGACUUUGUGGAUGACCUGGCAGAUCUAAGCUGUCUCGUCUAUCGUGCAGACACACAGACCUACCAGCCCUACAACAAAGACUGGAUCAAAGAGAAGAUCUAUGUUCUCCUCAGACGCCAAGCUCAGCAGGCUGGGAAGUAGGACCGACAGAGGAGUGUGUGUGUGUGUGUGUGUGUGCGCAUGUGUGUGUUUGUGUGUGUGGUGUGAAAAAGGCGUUUGAUAUGAGAUUUUUUGGAGAAGGGAUAUGUGUGGACGGAAUGGCUAAGGCGCUGGAGAGGAGAGAGGGGAAAAAAUGCACCCUUCUGUGUGUCAUCAUUUUUUGUUAAGUUCUCCAGUUAUGCUUUCACCCCUUGCUUUGUUUUUCCUUGAUUGUACCUUCCCUCUAAUUUAUCAUUAGUGACCACUACCUUGGUAGAUGCUGACUUUGGUAGGGCUAUGCAGGAUCUGUGUCAGAUCGCUGCUAGAUACCUUUUGAAUUCAGCCUUUCAGGGGGAGAAAAGCUACCAUUGUUAUGUCUCCUUGCUCUUUAUUUAACAUCAUUUGAUGUGGCAUUACAUCCCUUGUGGGUCCCUUAAACACCUAUCUGGGCUCUUUAUCCGCCUAUCUCCUUGGCUGAAGGCCACAAGUCAGUUCCCCUGGCAUGGCUGUCCAAGUUUCGUUCGGUUGUUUUCCGCCUUCCUCUCUCAGGGGUUUGCCCAGUCUGUGUUCAUGUUGUCCUGGCAGACCAUCAGAUAGCUGACAGUGUUAAUGUAACAACAUAAAUGCUAAUUGCGAAGGAAGUUCGAUAUGCUGAGGGGAAGUAACCCUUAUUAGCAAGACUUUCUGUGCCAGUGGCAGUUUAAUAUAGUAAUUGUUAGAAGAAAAAACAACAUGGAACCAAUGAAAUGUUUUAAUAUAAACAUUUAUAUCUCCAAACAUCAAGGACAAGGAGGGAUAGGAAUUGUUUGUCAAAGAAUCACUGCCACUACAACUUUGUUCCAGACAGUAUUUUAUGUCUGUUACAUGAAGAGUUGGAUUUUGUUCUAUCUUUAUAUAUUUCUUAGCUCAUACACUGUAUUAUGAAGUGUUUCAGUGUUUUUUCUGUUUUGUUUUUUUUACUAGAAAAGGAUGAAUGUAAAAUGUGACAAAAUCUGAAACUUAAGCAUGCCUGUUGAUUUCUGUUUUGUUUUAAAAAAAAACAUAUUAAUAUGGAUAUGAUUGACAUCUUAUAUUUUUAGUCUUUUUUUAAGUGAUCUUCAACAACAGAUUUGACCACAGGAAAAUAAAUAAAGAAAGAAACAGUCCUUGCAUUACAGACAUUUGUUGAGAGGCUCAUAUGCUAUGUUAUUCUACCCUUGAGCGCUAUAGGUUAGAUGUAUUUACUGAAAAGAACCCAGUUUUGUGAAAUAAUGAGUUUUGGACCACUGGCUCUUUCUAGUCAGAAUAUUUAUUCCUUUUGUUCAUCCCAAGAUUCAGUUCCAUUUUCUCAGUUGGGUCCUGUAACUGGUAAUCUCUUUGGAAUUUUGGUGAAAAGAAAACCAUUACAGGACUUUGUAACAACCGUUUCACUCUGUUGGAUCCAAGAUAGUGUCAAAUACCAGUUUUUUUUUUUACAUAUGUGUUUCGUAUAUGACAUGAAUUAUUUGCCUUCAAUCCAGUUUGAUUUAUUGUGAAACCAUUCAUUAAAAAAAUAAUAAAAUUCUCUUGUCAGAA